GGCGGCGGCGGCGGCACCAAGAUGCGCAGCAUAAAAGGGAUUGCGAAGCGCGGGGGCAACGGAGCGGCUGCGGAGCGCGGCGGAGGACCUGCUGGAACUGCCAGGCAGGCCAACCAGAGCUCCACUUUCCCCCAACCUGCCAGGGGAAAUCCCAGCUACAAUGAACCCAGCGCCCACAUCUCAGCCACGCUGAAAUGCUCUGCCACCUCCCCCCCCUCCCCAUCAGAUCCUGCACGAAAUAACUCAAGGCGGGAAAAGAUACCUAAUCCUCUAUCCUUCCUUCGGUUUGCACCCUAAACAGCUUUCCUGUGAGGGACAUCGGUGGGCAGGGAUUUCCGCUCUGAACGUCAGCCACAAUGUGGAUAGCAUCUCCCCCUUCCGGCCUCCUCUCCCCCUCCAAUUUUAAUUUUCUUAGAUGAUACUAAGCUGAUACUAAGCUGGCAGGAAGAGCCUAGAAGAUAGGCUCAAGAUCCAGAUGGAUCUUGACAGACUUGAACACUGGGCCCUAUCUAAGGAAAUGAAAUUCAAUGUAGAGAAAAGUAAAGUCUUACACUUAGGAAUCUUCCAAUACACCAAGAAACUUUUCUUGAGUGAGCAGGCCGGCCGUACGCAAGCUGUCGAGUUCCUGCGCAAGAAUGCCGCCAACUUGAUCUCUGUGGCCAACCUCCUCAUGGGCCUCUCCUCCGUCCUCUGCAGUCUAAACGGGCAGUACCACUACGCGUGCUGGCUAGUCCUGACUGGCUUCGUGCUGGACCUUGCUGAUGGAGCCGUCGCGCGGCAACUGAAUGCCUGCUCUGCUUUGGGGGCUAAACUGGAUGACUUUGCAGACUUCACGUCCUUCGGCCUGGCCACGGGCCUCCUUCUGCAAGCCCAUGGAAUCGUCGAUGGAUUGCUGGUGAUUGUCUAUGUGCUGGCGGUGUUCACGCGGCUGUGCUUCUUCUCCAGUGGGAUGCCGUUUAUGUACCGGGGUUUGCCAUGCCCCUACGGUGCCUCCAUGGUAGCAGCCACCUACUUCCUGACCGGAGGCCACGUGGUGGCCAUGCGGCUGAUGGCCAUAGUGAUGGUCCUCUUCAUGGUGGACCAGGGUUUCUAUCCCCAUGACAAGGUGCUAGAGUCCCAGGCUUGGAAGAAGGCCAUCUUUGGAGGAGGUAUCUUGGUGCUCCUGUUUCACGCCUCCUUCCUGGCCUCUCUCUACUUCCUGAUUUGGUCCGUAUCGUACAUUUUUUUCCCCAACGCUUUGUGGAGUUACAAAGUCUAACCUCAGCGAAGGAUGCAAGCCGACGAUGCCGGCACAGCACCCUGCCCAGGCAGUGUUCAGCGACUGGGACGACGGGCCCAGUGUUUAAAAAUCCGUAUUUUGCCUAAAGUUGCUGAAGUUUUUCAUCUGAGGUGAUAAAACGUUUGGGAGUUUUAUAUCCAUGGCUUCCGGCAGUGUUAUCCUCCCUGGACUGCCUGUUGCCUGAAGAAUGAAGUCAACAGCUGGCUAACACGCUGAGCCUUUGGUCAGUGUAGAUAUGUACAGAUUCUUUCUACCGAUAUAUAUAUAUGUAUAUAUAUAUAUAAAGUGCAAUAUAGGUUUAAAAGGCAAAAUUCUUGCUUAGAUUUUUUUUUUUGGGAAUGCCAGUAAUUUACUCGCUGAUAGCUUUUAGGGACAUGGGGAAAACUUGAAUACAGACCUCUUUUCUUGUCACUCUUGUGGCGUUCUCACUUUGGAUCCAUCAGAGGUCCUUCCUUCUUUAACUAGAUUUUUGCAACAGGUGAGCUAACUGAAUUCGCAACCUUUACGCUGAGGCAGAAGGGAGUCCCACUGCUUUUGGGGACAGAUUUGGCCCUUAAGAGAAAGAGGACGUUAUCUCUCACGUGACUGCCCUCUUGUUAUCCAGGCCCACGCAAGUAAAAGAGCAAAGUCUGAUCUCUUAACGGGCGAGAUAUUAAGCUAUCUUUGAGCCACAACUGAUAGUCAAGCGCUUUCUGGGUCUUUUAAAACACACCACUACUUGCCAAGAGAGUUGCGGGUCUGGGCAUACAUUCCACACUCUAUAAGUGGGUAGCCGUUCCACAGAGUAGACAGGAAGCAGGGCAUCUGAAAAACCUCGAUGUGCCAUCCAGAAUCUAAGCCAACCUCCAUUAACAUGGGCAGGAACCACUGCUGGAGAGAGCUUGGGAAUUAUUCCCUCCAGCUGGACCUGCAAAUACAGAAAGGACUUAAAGGGUGGCAUAAACUUCUGCCGCCAUCUGUGAGCUGCCCAGCUUUGCCAAAGGAAUCCUUUGUACACCUUACUGGUUAGAUCUCCGAUCUAGAAUUCCACCCCGACUUCAAUUCUAGCCAGAGUUCACGGCAGACAUUCUAGAUUCGUGUUGCGAAAAGAGGAGCCGCACAUGCCUGUGUGGCAGGUUAGCGCUUUUAAUGUUUUUUUUUAAAUAUUUAUCGGAGUAAUGAAGUACAUUGGGAAAACGGUCCCCUUCCCGAGAGCUGUUAGAUUAAAAACAGAAGAGGAAAAAAGAAGGCAGGAAUGUGUCAUUGGAAAACUAUACUUGAAAACUGAUGUUCAGGUGUUUGGAGGAAAAAAAAUUAAAACUCGGAAAACGUUGAAGAGAC